UAUACUCAAAGGCUGGAGCCAAGCGGUCAAUCCGUCCCAAUCCGUCCAUUCUACAAAUCUACAUGUCGAUGGUGGUCGAUGGUAGUUCCUCCUAUUAUUCUUUAUUCUGCUUUCGAGGAUAUUGUGGUUAGGUGAUUAUUUUUCCAUGUUGAUGAAAAUAGAAAUAGGAACUACUUUGGUUGUUAUAGUAGACUUUCGUCGAAAAUGACUUGAUAACGAGGUUGAAGGUUUUAAGUGAAAGGAAAUAAAAUUUCUAAUGUGAUAAUUCUCUUAAAAAAAGUGCAAUUUUGAGAGAACAGAUGUUGGUCAUUCAAGUGUCAAACAUUGCUGUGAAGAAACCAAAUCAAAUUGAUGCGGUAGACAUUGGAGAUAUUAGUAUACUUGAGUGCAUUUUAUAUUGCAUUAAGGUUAUGUUGCAUGUGAUGGAUUGAUGGCAAUGUGGUUUUGGGUGUUUUAAAACCCGAGAACGUGUCUAGUUGGAAAUCUAUAAUAUGCUACAUUCUGUCCUUGAGGAGAAAGAUGCCUGGUGUUACUGGGUUGUCUCAGUUGGUGCCCUGCUUUCAUUUCUUGGCCUUGUUGCUGCCUGUAUUUGCAGUUGUCGACGAAAUCAGAAUAAGAAUGAAUUUCUGGGCCUUGCUGGCAUGGUAACAUUGAAUAAUUCCGAAACAGACUAUUUCAACAGAAUUUUGACAUUGGACGGAUCCCAGAUUGUUAAGCUGGAUGUCAACGAUGGAAAAAGGACUACAAGUGCCAAUAGAAGUCUUCCAGAUAUUCCGAAGGAUAAGAGCAGAGAACAUGAGGCUAUAAUAGAUUCAGUGUCUCAAGAUAUUUAUGAAACUACUCAAACUAUUGGGGACCAUUCAGAAUUAUAUGCUACAGUUCAAGAUGCAGCUCAAGAACAGAUGUUUGAAAGAGAAACACAAGAAAUUAUAUUACAAGAGUGUUCUUCGUUGCAAGAUACAUCUUGUCAAUAUACAAGAUUUGCAUCUUCUGUCUCUGAAAGUGUUGAACACCCUUAUGCACAACUUCAGAAUGUCCAGAAGACUGAAGCUAGUCAAGUAAAUAGAAAUAAUCAAGUUAAUCAAGUUACGAAUAAUGAGAAACCGUCAACAUCAAUGGAUCAAUCAAAUGGAAAUCCAAUCGCACCACCAAGAACUCGACGAUCUUCUUCACACAAUUCCCUUUUUAAUUCUGAAACGCAUUAUGAUAUUCAGGCCGCUAAUGCUAUCUCCGGUGGUGUUCAAGCUAAUCAAGAUUUGCCCUAUAUGACUCCGCCCCUGUUGCUACUGCCGCAUCCUCAACACAACAGUCCACAACAGCACUUCAGUGGAGACUCUCAAGAUUCGAAAGGGUAUACAAGCAUAAGCGUGAGGGAACCAUUAGCUAACAUAAUAGCGCAGACCAAAGCAACUUACAGACAGAAUCAACCUACUCGACCAAUUACGGAUUCUCACUAUGCUACUGUUUCCGAUGAUUCUGAUGAAAUGUACGCGGCAAUUGACGAGCAGGACAAAGUAUACACCAGCGGUAGUGAAACGUAUGCACAAAUUCAACCAAUGACGUUAGAAACGCAAAGGCAAACACAACAUGAACAAAUAGCAUUUAGUCAACUACCACGCAUCGAAGAACCGCAUUCCGUACCUCAACCACCGAGUGUUGACAGUUUACGUCAUGUCGCACAUGCCCAUUCUAGGCAAGCAUCAUCAUCAAGUGCCACUAGUUCCAUUAUCAAUCUUGGAUCUCCUAAACCUGAAAAGCGUCAAGCAAAUUCUCCAUUACCACCGCCUCCUGAAGCAAUUACGGAAGGUUAUGCAUUUAUUGAUAAAAAGUGCAAAAGUGAUGAUAGAUCGAAAUCUUCAUUGUCGACGGGUAAAUCGCUUGAAGAUAUGUAUGCAAAAGUGAUGAAAAAGAAGAAGGAGAUAGAGCAGCAGAAUGAUGCUUAUCCAAAUUCUAGCAACGUUUUACAUUCCGAAACAAAUACUUCUAGAAAACUAAGUCUUAUUGAAAUCAGCCGAGCAUCAUGGUGCAGCCACGAAUCUGUGGAAAUACAAAAGAAAGAAUCUGACAUUGUACAUUUUACCACUAAAGAUUCUACUACAAGUAAUUUUCACUCAGAAAGUAAUAAUAGCACUUCCAUAAGAUUAUCUAAAAUGGAUGCGGAUAUGAUCUCGUCGUGUUCAGAAUUCGAUCAUAAAUACGAAGCUGUUAACUUAGGAAAUAAUCAGAGAAAUUCUAUCGUGAAAAUUGUCGCAAAUUUAUCUAAUCCAAAUUAUAAAACAUCGCGUCCUCAGUGUUCACGAGAGAACAACUAUCAAAGUAAUUCGAUGUCUGUGAAAAAUAACGCGGAUAUCUAUUCGACGCCAUUUAAGCAUAGACAAGUGAGUAAUAGCAGCGAUGAUCCCGGUUAUGAGAAGGUGCUACGACGAGAUGAACUGGAUCAGGACACGGAUUCAGAACCAAAUUAUGAAAGUAUGCCGCAUGACGCGAACGAGCCGAACUACGCGUCCGUUUGUCGACCUGGCGACAGUGAUACGGAUCCAAAUUAUGAAUGUGUGAAUCACGCUGAUCCUAAUUAUGAAAGUGUGAAAUACAUGAGUUUUGCGCAGAAUGAGGAACCACCGUACGAGCAAGUGAACAAUUUUUUAUUAGAUGUAAACGCGGAUGGAUACGAGAAAGUGAAAAGUAAGAAGAAAACGGACGCUGAUUACGAGAAAAUAAAACUACGUAAUUCUGUAGAAAGAAUUAGCAGCGGAGGGGAUACCGAUGAUGAGCAAUAUGUUCAAGUGUAAUGCUCUUAUUUUGUAUUAGUACUAUAUAUAUACAUAAGUUUCUGAAUUGCCUUGUGUUCUUGUUAACUGGUUUCCUUUAAUGCAAUCUUAAAUUUAUUUAAAAUUUAAGAAACAAAA